AUGGUAUCCGUGCACGACUUUCUGUCUCGCGAGCUGCUCGCAGCAUGUUUCUUUGUUAUGCUAUUUUCCUCUGCGGUGGACCAGUAUCCAGGUGAAGUGGAGCCAGAACCUUUGAAUUUUGCUUAUGAAAUACACACAAGCGAACAAGAAGCGAGUUACGCUAAGACCAAGCCAAUCAUUCGCAACACCGAGCUAUUCGAGGCCCCGCAAAUGGAAACUCUUUUUGCUAACCAGGCGCUUGGAGCUGAAGAUCUGGCAGUCAGUCAAGACGAAGUCGCGUACGUUGGACUGGCUGAUGGCCGUCUUGCAAGCUUUAGCAAGGCGGCAAAUGAAUUUCGCAAUUUCUCCAGGACUGGACGCGACCUUCCUGAGUGUGGUACACCCGACAUGGAACCGACAUGCGGACGACCACUUGGCCUUGUCUUUGCAGCGGCCAGACCAUUUGCCAAGUUUCUCAAACGGAUCCCUGGUGCGAUGACGUUUGCAGGAGAUCAGGUGCUUUUAGUGGCAGAUGCAUACAAGGGCGUGCUGCUCUUUGAUGCGAAUGGAAAGCGUACAUUAUUGUUCAGUCGUGUUGGCGAAGAACAAACCAAUUUCUUAGAUGGAAUUGCAGUGGUACAAGAGACAGGGGAGAUUUACGUGACAGAGGCAUCGCGUCGUUUUCAGUGCAACCGAGUAUUUCUUGACUUCUUGGAGCAUAAACCUUCAGGGUAUUUGCUACACUUCGAUCCAAACACAGGGAGGGCCAACGUUGUGGUAGGCGACUUGGGCUUUCCAAAUGGCUUAACAUUCGAUAAAGAUGGAUCUGGAUUGCUUAUUGCACUCACAUUUCAGAACAAAAUCGUUCGUUUUGACUUAAAGACAAAGCAAAUUAAAGACUUUGCAUUCGUGCCUGGCGAGCCAGAUAAUAUCUCGAUUGAAAAAGUGGGUGCAGGUGAGAACGAGCACGAGGUGCUGAUGGUGGGAUUAGUAUCGCUUAACGAAGGGUACUUCUAUUACAUCAAGCAAAGUGUAAAGAUUCGCAAAUUGCUGUCGCUGCUUCCGACGUGGUUGACUCUAUUUUUCGUGCGCCGCAUUGGAAUCUUCGCUUCGGUGGACUUGGAGACUGGUAACAUCCUACAUGUGUACGAAGCUUCGCAGGGUCAGACACCACUUGUGUCGGGAACUCGUCGUUUCGGAGAUGACAUUUAUCUCAUGAGUUGGCGUCGACCUUUCAUCUCGCGUAUAUCAGCAGCUCUAAUUGAGUAG